AUGACAUAUUCCUUAAGCACUCGUGAGGCAGCGUUCAUACACGCGAUAUCGAGCGCAGGGGUCGCACACGCCGUCACCAAACACUGCUCUAACGGACAGCUCUUGAAAUGUGGAUGUGAUCGCACCAUCACUAUGAGUCCCGCCCAGGGAUUCCAAUGGGCCGGCUGUAGUGAUAAUAUAGCGUUUGGUAUCGCAUUUGCGAAGACUUUUGUUGACUCAAGACAUGUGAAAUCGGCCCGAAGUACCAAACCUAACAGUGCCCGCAGUCUCAUGAAUCUCCAUAAUAACGAGGCUGGAAGAAAGGUGAUCAACAAUAACAUGAAAAUUGAAUGC